AUGAACCGAGUGGCACCAGCUAAAGAUUUAGAGAGUGGUGAAGAUUUGGAAGACUCUUUGAAUAUAGACCAUUUUCAAUCAGAUGAAGCGGAUACCCCUGAACCACAGACUCAGCGAUCGCGGGGAAAUGUCCGCCCUGAAUCAGGCUUCAGGUCAAUCCACAUUCCCGCGGGCAGCACAAAAGCUCAUAGAAGGAGCUCUUUACGACGUGCUUCCUUGAGGAAUGCUAACAACGACCUUGAGCUUAAUGCCUUAAAUGCCGAUGCGGCUGAUGAAUGGUUACCGACUCCAAAGGAGGUCACCAGACGUAUGUCUGAAAGGAGGCUAUACAGGAAGUCGAUCAAAAACGCUCAAAGAUUGAAAAAACAGCGUAUCUCCAGAUGGAAAGCCUUCAAAAUGCAAAUUGCCAUGUCAUGGAAGUUGACCAAAACAGCAGUUUCAGAGUGGAGUCGGGAUUACGAGCUAUGGAAAGGACAUCUAAAACGUGUAGAAGGUCGCUUCGGAAAUGGAGUAUCGUCCUUCUUUGUUUUUCUCAAGUUACUGUUUUUCCUUAACAUGGCGACCUUCAUUUUGGAAUUUGGAUUCGUUACAUUACCAUCAGUAAUCAUUGAGCCAAGCACAACUUCAAAUUCGUGCACCUUUACCACAGCCGAGACGCAACAACGAAACACGUCGAGUGCUGCUGUUGCUGCAGGGUAUGAAGUUGCAGAUUUUAUUUCUGGAAAGGGCUGGAUAAGUACAACACUGAUGUUUUACGCUGGAUACGGGGACUCAGAGUUGAUAUCAAAUGCCGGUGUCAAAUAUAACCUUCCGUUAGCUUAUCUCCUGGUCGGAUGGUCUUUUUUUAUCCUCAGUCUCAUACUUGUGGUCCGAAGUUUAGGGGAAAGUUUAGCAGAAACGUACCUAGAUAGUGGAGGGAGCCUGUCUUCAUUCUGCAACCAGAUUUUUGCCGGUUGGGAUUUCUGCAUCACAAAUGAGAAAACCGCCCAGGAAAAGGAGCUGAGUUUCUUGCAAAACGUCAAGGCUCAAUUUGCUGAAGAAGAACGACAGGAAAAAGUACAAAAUCGAACGACUCAAAUAAAGUGUCAGCUCUACACAAUAAGAAUUGUUUGCUUCUUGCUGGUGUUAGGGUUACUUGGAGGGGCAAUUUAUGCCAUCAUUUUAUCUGUAUCAGCUUCUACAGAUCCGGAAAUUAUUGAGAAAGCAAGCCAAUUUCAAAGUGGAGAGGAAAUAUUGCGCUUUGCCCCUUCGCUAACGAUCACCAUUCUAAAUAUCUUACUACCUCAGAUUUUUAAUAUUUUAGCAAAAUUUGAGGAUUGGAGUCCAGCAUUUGAAGUUAACAUAACUUUGUACAGAAAUAUUAUCUUAAAGCUGGCUUCAUUAGUCGUGCUUAUGCUGAAGAUAUACACACAAGUUGGCGAAACUUGCGAAACAAGCCCAGAGAUGUGUUGUAAACAGUUCUGGGAGAACGAGAUCGCUUCACAGAUGUAUAUGUUGAUAUGGAUUGACUUUUUUAUUAAUAUAUUUUCAACUAUUAUCGUUACUACGUUGUGGAAAUUGAUGUAUAAACACACACAGUGCUUCAAGAAGGUUGGCAUGCCGGUGUUUGACAUUCCAAAAGAGGUCUUAGGACUUGUGUAUGGCGAAUGUUUGAUUUGGAUUGGAACAUUUUUCAGCCCAAUUAUGCCAGGAAUGGGUGCCGUCAAGUUCUUCAUUUUAUUUUACGUCAAAUUGAUUGCUGUGAUGUUCAACUACAGGCCGUCAGAGAGGGUUUAUAAGGCAACCCGUUCAAAUUAUCUCUUUACAGCCUUGCUGCUAAUCUCAUUCUUCAUGUGCCUUGGAAUCAUCGGCUGGGGCGUAGCAAGCAUGAGGCCAUCAUGUCUUGGACCUUUCAGCAAUGCAAACUGCAACGCAGAUGCGAGAAUGUACCAGGUUCUCACAAAGGAGAUUUCAACGUGGCCAUCAGUAGUGCAAGAUAUCAUCAACUUUGUUACGACAGUAACUUUUAUUUUUCCUGUCCUGACAGUAGUUUGUUUACUGUUGUACUACUUCAGAUCCAUGGCUCUUUCUCUUUUACAAACUAUUGAAACCCUCAAGGAUCAGUUGGCAUUGGAGGGUAGAGACAAGAGAAAGCUCGAGGAGAAACUUUACCGAUACGAAGAGGCUGAACGAAAAAGCACUAAAGCUGUCCAUCCCACGGUGGUCAGUGAUAAGCAAAGAGAUUCACUAGCACCACCUGACAGCUUUUUUUAA